AUGUCUACUCAAGUUAGUGUGUCAUAUGAUAAAACUAAUGUCCAAUGUUACGUAGACGUUUCAAAACCAGUUAAUAGCAUUAUAAAGACAUUAUGUAUGGAACAAUUUAAUAUUUCGGAACCUGCAAUAUUGUUUGCUUUAAGACUGCAAGAUACUGAAGAAUUAAUUACUGAUGAGAAUCUUAGAAGAAAAGUUACUGAGAAUGAAAGAUUAAAACUUGUUUCAUCACCAUUAAUUGAAGCAGCCGAAAUAUGUGAAAAGUUAUGUUAUACUGAUGAUAAAUCUCUAAAACUUGCCACUUUUUCACUUCAAAAAUAUAUUAAAGAAGUAGAAUUUGCAGAUGAAUUUUUAAAAAGAGAAGGAUUAAAAUCAUUAAUUGGGAUAAUAAUCAAUUCAACUGGAAAUACUUUAGCUUAUGCAUUAACUUCGAUGCAAAAUCUUAUGGAGCAUGAUCAUGGUUGGGAGGACUUGGAAACAAGUUUUAUAAAUAAGGUAAUAAAAAUCUUGGUAGACCAAACGUUAGUAAAUAUUUGUAGACCAGCUACCGCAAUAAUAAUUAAAUUAGUAACUGCCGAUAAAAACUCUACUACUUCACCAAUAAGAUCUUAUGGAUUUGAUGUAUUACAUGAUGCAAUGAUAAAUCAACCAAAUUUCUUACCUACAUUAGUUCAACGUUUAGCAUCAGCAGAUUAUGUGUUAUGUUCAAAUAGUUUAUGUUUAAUUAAUGCUCUCACUAGACAUGUCACAGAUCAAUAUUGGGAAUCUUUUAUGGAUAUGUUGGAUAAAUUAAAUGUCAGGAAAGCAGUUGCUUUAUUAAUGAAUGGAGUUCAUGGAGAAGAAUUAUCAAAACAUUUAUUAGAAUUUCAAUCAUUAUUUGUUCGUCAAGCAUAUCGAUGGAAAAGAACACAAAUGUCAUUACAUAUUCCAUCACAUAAAGCGAUGCUGGAAGAAAUAUGGACUUCAGCCAAUUUAUCUGAAGAAGGUGGUAAAUGGAGAAAAAUCGGAUUUGCGACAGAAGCACCGAAAUGGGAAAUCCAGAGAGUCGGAUAUUUGGGUUUAGAAAAUAUGCAUGGUUUCAUAAAAAAAGAUACUGAAGAAUAUCAAAAGACAAUAUUGGAACAAAUAAAUCGACCAGCUGAACGUCGUUGUCCAUUUGCAAAAACCUCGAUUGAAGUUACUGAAUUAUUAUGUGAUUAUUGGGACAUCAGUACUGGAUAUACGACUUCAACUUCAUUUCAACCAUUAUUAUUGUCAUUUGAUAAAAUCCAUUAUAUCACCACAAAAGCUUUCUUUCGAUUAUGGAAUGAAAUGGAAGCAACUGCAGAAGAUUUUCCCAAAGUUUCUGCAUUAGUGAGAAGUCAGUUAAAAUUUGCUUUACUUGAUGAAGCAACUAAACAACUUUAUGAAUUUGAAAAAGAUAUGUUGGAAGUUGAAUACAAAGUUAUUAGGGAUCGACAAUUAAAAGAAUUAGAACUUGAGGAUGACUUAUUAAGUAAAACACCUGUCAGAAAUCUGCGAGGUCGUCUAUACACAGAAUCAUAUGAAUUUGUUAAACAACAACGUAUUAAAUGUUUAUUAAUGGGAGAUUGGUUUCCAAUUCUUACACAUCAGACCAAUUUAUCUCAAUCAAAUACUCAACAAAAUUUAGGCCGUAGAUCUAUGCCAAAUAAAAAAUGGAGAUUUUAUAGACUUAUAACAGAUGUAAUGACAGGAAUGAUGUCACAAGUAUCAACAAUGACUGCUGGAUCACCACCUAAAAAAUUAUAUAAUAAUAAUAAUCCACAAGAUUUAACUUUUUCUUUAAUGUCAGGUCCUGAUACUUCUUUGGCAGAUUUUGUUGCUACAGAUUUAAAACAAUUUAGUGAAUGGACUGAUGGAUUAAAUAUGUUAUUUGAUAAAAACAUUGGUAGUAAAGAUACUGCCGAAUUUAUUCAAGUUUUGACUGAAAUUGGGAUUAAAGUUAAAUUAUUGGAUUUAAGUGGUGAGAAAGUGGAAAUUCCUCAAAGUGUUGAAGUACCAAGUGAACUUCCUGUUAUUACAAAUGGUUUUUACUAUGAUGAUCCUUUUGCUUAA